AUGGCUGCCAUCAACAAGAUCGCCCCCAACUCGCCGUCCCGGCAGAACCCCUCCGAGCUGGAGACCGCGAUCGCCGGCGCUCUCUUCGACCUCGAGAGCAACACACAGGACCUGAAGGCCAGCCUUCGUCCCCUGCAGUUCGUCUCUGCCCGCGAGGUUGAGGUCGGCCACGGCAAGAAGGCCAUCAUUGUCUUCGUCCCCGUCCCCCUCCUGAACGGCUUCCACAAGAUCCAGCAGCGUCUUACCCGUGAGCUCGAGAAGAAGUUCUCCGACCGCCACGUUCUCUUCGUCGCUCAGCGCCGCAUCCUGCCCCGCCCCAAGCGCUCCGUCAACUCGCGCACCACCCAGACCCAGAAGCGUCCCCGCUCCCGCACUCUGACUGCUGUCCACGACUCCAUCCUCUCCGACCUCGUCUACCCCGUCGAGAUUGUCGGAAAGCGCACCCGCACCAAGGAGGACGGCUCCAAGACCCUCAAGGUCAUCCUCGACGAGAAGGAGCGUGGUGGUGUCGACCACCGCCUUGAUGCCUACGGCGAGGUCUACCGCCGCCUCACUGGCCGCUCCGUUGCCUUCGAGUUCCCCCAGAGCGGCGCUGAGUUCUAA